GGCGGUGCCGGGGCCGGCGAGCGAGCCAGCGUCCGACCAUGUUCAACGGCGAUGCGAGCUCCUCCGCCGCCAGGAAUGUGGUCCGCAGCUCCAGCAUCAGCGGCGAGAUGUACAGCCUGGAGAAGAGCGCGCGGGGCAGCGCCGACUCCGUCAGCAUCAUGGCCAGCAAGAAGCGGCGCUCCAGCCUGGGCGCCAAGAUGGUGGCGAUCGUGGGGCUGUCGCAGUGGAGCAAGAGCACGCUGCAGCUCAACCAGAGCGAGGGCGGCCCCAAAAAGCUGCGCAGCAACAUCCGGCGGAGCACCGAGACCGGCAUCGCGGUGGAGUUGAGGACCAGGGUCACCCGGCAAGGCAGCCGCGAGUCCACCGACGGCAGCACCAACAGCAACAGCUCCGACGGCACGUUCAUCUUCCCCACCACGCGGCUGGGUGCCGAGAGCCAAUUCAGCGACUUCCUCGACGGGCUGGGGCCGGGGCAGCUGGUGGGGCGGCAGACGCUGGCCACCCCCCCGAUGGGCGACGUCCACGUGGGCAUGGCCGACCGCAGCGGGCAGCUGGAGGUGGAGGUGAUCCAGGCGAGGGGACUCAUCCCGAAGAUGGGCUCCAAAUCCAUCCCUGCCACCUACGUGAAGGUUUACCUGCUGGAGAACGGCGUCUGCCUGGCCAAGAAGAAGACCAAGGUGGUGAAGAAGACCUGCGACCCCUCCUACCAGCAGGCCCUGCUCUUUGAGGAGAGCCCCCAGGGCAAAGUCCUGCAGGUGAUUGUGUGGGGCGACUACGGGCGCAUGGACCACAAGUGCUUCAUGGGGAUGGCGCAGAUUGUCUUGGAGGAGCUCGACCUCUCCAGCGUGGUGACAGGCUGGUACAAACUCUUCCCCACCUCCUCACUGGCCGACUCCAGCAUCGGGCCGCUGGCACGCCGCCUCUCCCAGUCAUCCCUGGAGAGCUCCACCAGCCCCUCCUGCCCGUAGCGGCAGCUCGGUGCGAGAGGCCGGGCGGGGAAGGAGACGUCCUGACCUACCAAAACUGUUGGUGGAUGGCUGUAAAUAUCCCGUCCUCUUUUUUUUUUUUUUCCUUUUUUUUUUUUUUUUAAAAUCUCCUUCCCGAAGCAAACCUGCUCUCGGCACGCUCCUCCCCGAGCGAGCGCCCCAGCGCGCAGGGAGCGGGGGCCGUGGGCAUCGAGGCGGGGGCAGCGAAGGUCCUCGUGCCGCAGGGGGGGAGCCGCAGCCCCCUGGGGAGGACGGGCACGAUGCCGUGCUCCUCUCGGCCGCAGCCCGGUCCCGCUCAUCCAGCGCCACUGCAAGAAGUAGCAUGACGCCUCGACUUCUUUUCCUUCGAUUUCGUUUUCCUUGCCUCCGAGGAAAAGGUAGCUUUUCAAGGAAAGAAACUCAGAAAAAAAUCCAACUCAGCACUACUAUUUUUUUUUUUUUCUUCAAGGAAUGUAGCAUCUUCGAUUAUGUAGCUUGCCACGUGCUAACAACACACUCACUGCAAUAUCUGAGACUCGGCGCUGACGGAUACAUCUGCCAGACACUGCCCGUUUGUUCGUUUUCUGACACAAACCCUGCGACGCUGAGCAAGCCGUUCCGGUGACCAUUUUUAUUAUUUUCUUUUUCCUUUUUUUUAGUUUUGGUAGCGUUCAGCCUGUGACAGUGACAUUGCCAAAGGGACAGAGCACGAACAAGGGCGCGCGCCACCCCCCAAGCACGGGCUGGUCUUGUCCUCGUGUUUCACCGCUCGUCGUCGUCUCGCGCGGCCGCGGCGAGCCCCAAAACGUCAACUCUGCGCUGCCCGAGGUGGGUGCGGGAGCCCCGAGGGAGCAGGGACGGGGUGACGCCGGCUGAGCCGCUGCCUUCCAGCCCCUGCCUUCCUCCUCCGCCGCCCUCCUCCUCCUCCUCCCGCCUCCAGGGGGGUGCCGGGGGGUCCCGGCUCCCGGGUACGCUACAGGGGAACAUCUCAACGGCGUCUUCUGCUGAUCUGGAAUUAGGGGGACUGAGAAGUUACGAACAAAGGACUCGAUGCUUUGAGUUCGUUUUCAGGAUGAGUGUUCAUUUUUUUUUCUUUUUCUUUGUAAGUUUUGUUUGUUUUUAAAGCAGCAUUUUGGUUCCCCUGAGGGACCAGUUCUUGUAGCAAAACCGAGAAUUACGGAAGCUUUUUUUGAAGGUGCCUAAUGAAAUUUGCUGAAACUACUCAGGGGAGACACCACUAGAAACUCUGGUUUCUUCGUAAGAUACACUUCACACAAUGACUGUCCUGAAGGAUCAGGUUCCGAGAGAGGGAAACGAGCAGCAAACCACAACACACCAAAACACGAGCAGUCUCGAGACUGGAAGAGGACAAAAGGUUCAUGGGGAAUUUCUACUGCCCAGAUGGCUCUGGCCUUCAGUCUUUAACACAAACCAACCGACAGCACAGUUGGGAUUUUUUACAGUUAUUUGUUGGCAAAGCAAAGCAGAGGAUUUCACAAUGCACAGAGCACAACAAGAACAACCUGCGGUUCUCCCGGCGAUGCUGGGACCGACGAACCAGCUCGAACCCGUUGCCACGAAGGAACAAAACCAAACCCGAAGGAAAAGACUGUUGCAACAAAGCUGUCCCCUCGCAGAACAGACCCGGGGGGCAGCGAAACCCCACUGCCCAGCAGCUGCUUUACCCCACGCCCCGCUUUCAGCAUCGUCGUGUCAAGGAAUUCCAGCUGCUAUCGUGUACGUCAGAUCUUUACCAAACCACAACUGCUGCACGCCUCCGAGAGCAGGCUGGGUGCUGCUGGCUGGGGGUGGUAGGGGGCUGCUUCGAGACCCCAGAGCCCCCCCGGUCAAGCACCGAGCCCUCACCUGGCACGGGGCAAGGCACGGGCUGGGGGGUCCUGCGGUGUGAGGAGGCAAGCUCGGUGCCCUGCGUGCUGGAGCAGGCGUAAACAAGGGGUUUAAAGGAGGCCUUCCUCCUUCGAACUAACUCUGUUUGCUUUACCGGCUCAAUUUCAUCGGAAAAAAGGAGAAGCCUGUCUUUCAGCAGUGGGACAGUAACCACGAGCACAGGGAAUGGGGACAGCAGCGUGGGCAAAGCCUGGAGCUCUGCGGGGAUUUUCUGCUCGCCGGUUCGGACACAUCGCUGGCUCUGCGCUUCUCCAGCGAGUUUUGGAGCUCUACUUCUCCCUCCCAGGCAGCACAGUGCUUUUGUUGAGAUCCAGAAGAGCAGCUGCGGGAGCACGGAGCCAGCCGGGUGCGCACCCAGAGCAGGUGCUGUGGGGUGCAAAGGCUCCCCUGGUUCUGUGCCAGCCCCAGAAACCAUCCGUGGCUGGCACACGGAGAACCCAGCAGCCAGACACAGUGUCUGAAAGUGUCCGGGUGCUCCGGGGAGCAUGGGAAACCCAAAUAUUUUGGCUUACUUUUUAUCACGAAGGAAUUGGUAACGCCUCAGAGGAUAACGGUACAGCCAGGAUCCGAACAAACCGCUCCCCGAUUCUCUCUCGGUGGUGUGUUCCUGUCUGCUGCAAGGCGAGGGGCUCGUGGGGGCGAUUCCUGCUGCCCACCCAGACCAGCGAGGUGCAGCCACCGUGCCAGCAACUUCAAGCGCUUGCCAUUACUCACCAGACACCAAAACCCAUUGAAACCUUAACUUCGCUCUCAGCACUGCGUGCCCCGUCCCCGCAGGGAGCUGGGGAAGCCUCUGGGUCACGACCACCUUACGCUGGCGUGGAGAAACUACGGAGGGAGAAGCGACCCGAGCGUCAUGUUUACACUGCAGCGUCAGCUCCUUCUCAUUUCUGACUGCAUGAGCCGUGCAUCAGACGUUUCCCCCCUUCAAACGAGAGCAAAACAGCCAAGUUACCCCACUGCUUUCUACAGGUGGCAACAGAAAAACCACGAGCUCCUGGACUCAGUUUUUUUCUGGGGGAAUGUUUCCUUGCAGAGGGCGUUUUUUGUGUGCUAUCCAAUCGGCAAGAGGUGGCUGCACUAACCGGGUAUCAUGCGUUGGAUUGUUCCAUCUCCUUCCUCUGCCCUCCAUCAGGAAAGGAAAUUCAGGCCGUUCUACUUCCCAGAUAUUUUCCCCUA